CAUUGGUCCGCAGGACCGCCCUUCUGGGAGCCAGUGGCUGGGAGCAGUGCUGGAGGAUCAAGGAAGCAGAGAUGGAUGGUGAGGCAGUCCGCUUCUGCACAGAUAACCAAUGUGUCUCCCUGCACCCUCAAGGGGUGGACUCUGUGGCAACAGCUUCUGCAGCCCCCAAGAUACCAAGGCUUAUUCAGACUACCCCAGCAUUUAUGGCUGUGACCUUGGUCUUCUCUCUUGUGACUCUCUUUGUAGUGAUUCAACAGCACACAAGACUUGUGCUGAAGUCUGUGCAAGCCAUGAUUCUGGGAGACAACAUUACUGGGCAUUUACCUUUUGAACCCAACAAUCAUCACCACUUUGGCAGGGAGGCAGAAAUGCAAGAGCUUAUCCAGAUAUUUAAAGGCCACAUGGAGAAUUCCAGCGCCUGGGUAGCAGAGAUCCAGAUGUUGAGGUGCAGAGUGGACAAUAUCAAUUCACAGCUCCAGGUGCUCGGUGAUCAUCUGGGAAACACCAGUGCUGACAUCCAGAUGGUGAAAGGAGUUCUAAAGGAUGCCACUACACUGAGUUUGCAGACCCAGAUGUUAAGGAGUUCCCUGGAGGGAACCAAUGCUGAGAUCCAGAGGCUCAAGGGAGGCCUGGAAAAGGCAGAUGCUUUAACUUUCCAGACCCAGAAUUUCUUAAAAAGCAGUUUAGAAAACACUAGCAUUGAGCUCCACAUGCUAAGCAGAGGCUUAGAAAAUGCAAACUCUGAAAUUCAGAUGUUGAAUGCCAGUUUGGAAAUGGCAAAUGCCCAGGCUCCGUUAGCCAAUAGCAGUUUAAAGAACGCUAAUGCUGAGAUCCAUGUUUUGAGAGGCCAUCUAGAUAGGGUCAAUGACUUGAGGACCCAGAGCCAGGUUUUAAGAAAUAGUUUGGAAGGAGCCAAUGCUGAGAUCCAGGGACUAAAGGAAAAUCUGCAGAACAUAAAUGCUUUAAACUCCCAGACCCAGGCCUUUAUAAAAGGCAGUUUCAACACCAGUGCUGAGAUCCAGUUCCUAAGAGGUCAUUUGGAAAGGGCUGGUGAUGAAAUUCACAUGUUAAAAAGGGAUUUGGAAACAGUCACAGCCCAGACCCAAAAAGCAAAUGGCCGUCUGGACCAGACAGAUGCUCAGAUUCAGGUAUUCAAGGCAGAGAUGGAAAAUGCCAAUACUUUAAAUGCCCAGAUUCGGGUCUUAAAUGGUCAUAUGAAGAAUGCCAGCAGAGAGAUGCAGACCCUAAAUAAACAAGAAAUGAAGAAUGCUUCGGCCUUAACUUCCCAGACCCAGAUGUUAGACAGCAAUCUGCAGAAGGCCAGUGCUGAGAUCCAGAGGUUAAGAGGAGAUCUAGAGAACACCAAAGCUCUAACCAUGGAAAUCCAGCAGGAGUAGAGUCGCCUGAAGACCCUCCACGAGGUUGUUGCUUCACAGGAACAGCUACAAAGAACCCAAAGUCAACUUCUCCAGAUGGUCCUGCAAGGCUGGAAGUUCAAUGGUGGCAGCUUAUAUUAUUUUUCUCAUGUCAAGAAGUCUUGGCAUGAGGUUGAGCAGUUCUGUGUGUCCCAAGGAGCCCACCUGGCAUCUGUGGCCUCCAAGGAGGAGCAGAUCAGAGCAUUUCUGGUAGAGGUCACAGGUAAAGUGUACUACUGGAUCGGUCUCACUGACAGGGGCACAGAGGGCUCCUGGCACUGGACAGAUGGGACACAAUUCAAUGCCGCCCAGAACAAAGCAUGA